AUGGCUUCUCCUCCGUACGCAAACUCGCCGACCGCUCUGUCUCCCCCAUAUCCCACAUCGGCCCCGCUCCCAACAACGAACAAGAAGCGCGCCUCCGAAGGCGGAUCCCAGCCCUCUCUCAAGCGCCGCAAGGCCUCUACCCUUUCAGUCACCUCCGCAGCCUCCGCCCAUCCUCUCCGUCAAACUUCCUUCCCUCCCGAUGGAGCUGGAUCUCCCUUCCCGCGAUCACCGUCAGCCGAUACCAUGAGCGUGGUCAGUGGCAGCCAGGUUAGCGCGCCUCCUAAGAAGAAGCGCGGCCGGAAGCCCAAGAACCAGACGAACGUGGAAACCAGAGAGCAGACACCCUCGCUAGUUGGCGGUCGCGCACCGACGACGGUCAGUGGCACAGGCGCAGGAGCUGAGGGACAAGAGGAUGGCGGUAACGACGAUGACGACGACAACGAUAUGCGCAUGGCCUUGGUGGACACUACAGCCAGAACGCAAGAGCAAAAGCAGGAAGAGAUCAGACUUCGUGCCAUGUUGGUCGAGUCAUUCGACCCAGCACAAUACGACCGCUACGAACUCUGGCGCGCCGCGAAGCUUACGGAGUCCGUGGUCAAGAGAGUCGUCAACGCAACCGUAUCGCAAUCCGUUCCGCCCAACGUCGCACUCGCCGUCAAGUCAGUCUCAAAACUAUUCAUCGGCGAGCUCAUCGAAAGAGCUCGAGACGUGCAAGGAGAGUGGAUCAAGGCAACUGGCGAGAAGCAAUCGGAGCUGCCGACACCACCGCCCGUCUCAAAAGACGGAGAAGGCGAGGCCAGUCAGGCCGCCAAGGAAGACAAGCGAGGUCCUUUGCGGCCGGAUCAUCUCCGUGAGGCAUGGCGGCGGUACAAAAUGUCAGGCGACGGCGGCUGGGUUGGUAUCCAGGGUCUGUGGCACGAACAGCAGUCCAGUGGUGUUGAAAGAUUCCCUGUGCGCACCGGCGGCAGACGAAUCUUCAAGUGA